UAGACUUAGACAAACUUCCGGUUCUUCGUGGCCCUGCCUCCCCGGCAGCUUUUAUGACAUUUCUCGAAUAAACUCCGUAAACAUCUUUCUUUCAUCAUGAUUCAUAGCCUUUUCAUCAUAAACAACAGCGGGGAUGUGUUCAUGGAGAAACACUGGAAGAGUGUUAUUCACAAAUCGAUAUGUGACUAUUUUUUUGAAGUUCAAGGAAAGGCUGCCUCUGCUGAUGAUGUGCCUCCAGUGAUCUCCACUCCACAUCACUACCUCAUCAACAUCUACCGGAACCAGCUGUAUUAUGUGGCUGUCGUCACUACAGAAGUGCCUCCAAUGUUUGUAAUAGAGUUCCUACAUCGGAUCUUUGACACAUUUGAAGAUUAUUUCAAUGAAUGCACAGAGAGCAUACUGAAGGAGCAUUAUGUCAUUGUCUAUGAGUUACUUGAUGAGAUGCUUGACAAUGGGUUCCCGCUAGCAGUGGAGCUCAAUAUUCUGAAGGAGCUGAUUAAACCACCAAAUUUCCUCAGGACCAUUACAGACACUGUAACAGGCAAAAGCACAAGUGUGAGUGGCAUCUUACCUACUGGUCAGUUAUCAAACAUACCCUGGCGGCGUACAGGGGUGAAGUACACCAACAACGAGGCCUACUUCGAUGUGAUAGAGGAGAUAGACGCCAUCAUAGACAAGUCUGGAACAACAGUCACAGGGGAGAUACAGGGAUAUAUUGACUGUCUGAUCAAACUCACAGGAAUGCCUGACCUGACCUUAUCCUUCAUCAACUCUCGUCUCCUUGACGAUGUCAGUUUCCACCCAUGUGUUCGCUUCAAAAGAUGGGAGAGUGAGAGAAUCCUGUCGUUUGUACCACCAGACGGAAACUUCAGACUUAUAUCUUACCACAUAACCUCUAAUAAUCUCGUAGCUAUACCAAUUUACCUGAAACACAGCAUUAUGUUCCGGGAGGGGUCCUCAGGCAGGUUUGAAGUGACAGUGGGACCAAAGACUACCAUGGGGAAAACGGUGGAGAAUGUAGUUAUGGAGGUUCCCUUUCCGAAGACAGUUCUUAAUGCAACCCUGACCCCAACUCAAGGAAAAUACACUUUUGACCCUGUCUCCAAGGUGAUGACCUGGGAUAUAGGACGGAUAGACACCACUAGGAUACCCAGUAUCAAAGGAACAGUAUCCUUACAAACAGGAGCUCCAGUACCGGAAUCCAACCCUACCAUCAAUAUGUACUUCACCAUCAGUCAGCUGGCUCUGUCCGGUAUCAAAGUCAACAGACUGGACAUGUAUGGAGAGAAAUACAAACCAUUCAAGGGAGUGAAGUAUAUAACAAAAGCUGGGAAGUUUCAAGUACGGACAUAAUGGUCCUAGAGACAGGGAGCGGCUGGUUAGUGUGAAAUCUUUGAAAAGUCAACCACAUAAUCAAUUCAGACAAUGGUGGGAAACUUGUAUGGAUGUGUUGUGUGAUAAAUGAAGUCAUUGAUAACUAGAGGUGUAUCGCUGUGUUGGAGUUUUUGGGGAUGCACACACAAGGCUGCAUAGUUCUUCUGGCACCCCUUGAUUGUGAGGAGGCGGAUCAAGUUAUGGAGAGGUGUGUCACAGUUGUAAUACCAGCAGAUGUCAAGUCAAAAGUACAGGACAUAAUAAGAUCUAGUUCGCUUGGAUCUAGAUCUGCUGGCUCUAGGUUGAGAACAUACAAUGGCAUACAACAUAUGCCACAACUCUUCCUCUGUGACGAGGAAUACGUGUGUGUUAUCUGCAGCACAUAUUCUUUCAAUUUCACAUUCAAGUGUGUCAUUCCUAGGGAAAUAUGUGAUUUUAAUCCAUACAGAUCAUAUAUAAUGUAUUGAUGAAUUUUUCCAUUUGAUAUGAAGAAUGAGGUUCAAUAUUCAAGUGAUCAUAAUUUGUUCAUAAUUAAAUGAUAGUUGAUUCUAAAUGUAGUAUAACAGUGGUAUGUUUAACAACAAACAAACAAAUACUCAUGGGAAAAUUUGAAAACUUUAUCUCUAAAACAGUACUUGUAUUCAGACAUCAGAUUGUGUAGCCAUUGGGUGUUAAACAGUUCUGCCUGCAGGGUAUGUCAUUGUUAAACAUUUCUAUCUUUAAGAUAUUUUCGCAUUAACUUGAUCAAUCAGAAAAUGUCAUUUUUUUCAUAUUUUUCUUUUUAAAUCAGUAUCUUAUUUCACAUAAUAUAUUUUGAAACAUGCUUCCAAUUUUGUGACCAUGUACAUCAUGAAACACUAUAUACAUUGCUCUGCAUUGCUGUAAAUCUUGUGACCAAGUAUGUGUGUAUGGAGAAACAUUCAAUACCUAACUCUGAAGCUUGUGACCACAUACAUGAUGAAACAUUAGAUCAGUUGAUACAUUGCUGUAAAUCUUGUGAUCAUGCAUAUAUAUACACAAAGAAAAACAUUUGAUGCAUUGCUUUAAACUGUUUGUCCACAUGAAGACACAUUGAUGUAUUGUUCUAAAUUGCCUUCAUGAAGAAACAUUUGAUAUAUUGUUCUUAAUUGUUUGUCGAUAUGAAGAAAUUUUUGAGGUAUUGUUCUAAAUUUUGUGACCACAUGUCAAAUCAUUUGAUACAUUGCCCUAAAGUAUGACCAUUUUAUGAAACAUUUAAAACAGUGCUGUAAAUUUUGUGACCGUAUGAUGAAACAUUUGAUGCAUCCAAAAGCCUGCGACCACUUACACGCUAUCAACAGUGCUGUAUACGUAUAUUGUUGUUAUUGAUUUAUUGUUUGUAUUCUGGAUAUGUCGAAAAUGUGAUUCUGUUUUGAGUGUUGGGGGUGAUAGACAAACGAAGGGAAUAUUAUCAGUGUCAGUUUAGUGCUUGCUUUAAUGAUUUGGUAGAUAUUAGUACUUGUAUAACCUUAUUACUCCAGGUUAUAAACGGAGUAUAAUUUAGGAAGUACAAGUAUUGCUAUCUUCCUAUCAAACAUGAGUGUCCUCGUCAUAUAGCCUUGUUGGAACGUCAGUAUUAAUAUCUUGAACUGUAAUUAUAGUUCAUAUUUCAUGAAAUUCUAAUAAAAAACAAUUAAGACACAUAUACAUGUAUUCCGUCUUUGCAUAUUGCAGAGUUAU